AUGAGCUCAGCCGCUUCCGCGGCGCCGCCUGGCCGCCGCACUAGGAGCCGCCCGCCAUCAGCUUCUUCUCGUAAGUCUGAUGACCCCUCGGCCACCGCCGCCGCCGCCGCCAACGGGAAUGGGAACGGGAAGGACGCAUCCAAGCCCGCCUCCCCCCACCAGCUCACGGGGGAGAGGACAGUGAAGAAGUUGCGGCUGUCUAAGGCACUGACGAUACCGGAGGGGACGACGGUGUCGGAUGCGUGCCGGCGGAUGGCGGCGAGGCGGGUCGACGCCGUGCUGCUCACCGACGCCCAUGGCCUCCUCUCCGGCAUAGUCACCGACAAGGAUAUAGCUACAAGGGUGAUUGCUGAGGGGCUUAGGGUGGAGCAAACCAUAAUUUCCAAGAUCAUGACACGGAAUCCUAUUUAUGUGAUGUCUGACACGCCUGCCAUUGAGGCUUUGCAGAAGAUGGUUCAAGGGAAAUUUAGACACCUUCCUGUUGUAGAGAAUGGUGAGGUUAUUGCUAUGCUGGACAUUGCAAAAUGCCUUUAUGACGCAAUAUCAAGACUGGAAAAGGCUGCAGAACAAGGAAGUGCAAUAGCAGCUGCUGUUGAAGGUGUCGAACGUCAAUUAGGAGGCAACUUUUCAGUUCCUUCUGCUCUCAUUGAAACUCUAAGGGAGAGGAUGUUCAAACCUUCUUUGUCAACCAUUGUUACAGAGAAUACAAAAGUAGCAAUUGUUUCGCCUACAGAUCCUGUGUGUGUAGCAGCACAAAAAAUGCGAGAGUUUCGGGUUAAUUCAGUGGUUGUCGCUACAGGAAACACAUUGCAGGGGAUCUUUACCUCAAAAGAUAUACUUAUGCGUGUUGUGUCACAAAAUAUUUCCCCUGAGUUGACUCUAGUAGAAAAGGUGAUGACUGCCAACCCAGAUUGUGCCACGUUAGAAACAACAAUUCUCGAUGCAUUACAUAUAAUGCAUGAUGGCAAAUUCUUGCAUAUUCCUGUUAUUGACAAAGAUGGACAGAUUGCUGCUUGCCUGGAUGUUCUGCAACUUACCCAUGCAACUAUUCAAUUGGUUGAAGGAGGGAAUGGAACUGUGAAUGAUGUCGCAAACUCAGUAAUGCAGAGGUUCUGGGACUCUGCUCUUGCAUUGGAGCCUCCAGAUGAGGAAUUCGAUAGCCGUAGCGAGGUAUCCUUACUCCUGCAGUCAGAGGCUGGAGAUGGAAAGAGUAGUGUUUAUCCCCCUGUGAUUGGCAAUUCAUUUUCCUUUAAGCUUCAAGAUCGAAAAGGCCGUGUGCACAGAUUCACUUGUGGCUCAGAGAGCUUGGACGAGCUUGUGUCUUCUGUAAGACAAAGAUUAAGUAUUGCUGAUGAAAAAGAAGCAGUGCAACUCUUGUAUGAAGAUGAUGAAGGUGACCGAGUGCUGCUGACAACAGACGCCGAUCUUGCUGGUGCAGUGCUGCAUGCCAAAUCAUCUGGGUUGAAGGUGUUGAAGUUGCACAUCGAAGAUCCCAGUUUGAAUACCGAAGUGACAAAACCGUCACAGGAGCUGGCACCACCUCCCCGCAGUAGUGGGAUAUCGCUGGUUCAUGUUGGGUUAAUGGCCAGCGUAGUGGCUCUCAGUGGCGCAGCAGUGAUGGUUUACUUGAAACGAUCUCAGCUGUGA